UUAUCACAUCCCAUACAACCGUUUCUGUCUCAGAUGUAAAACAUAUGUUUGCAACAUUUAAAAUAUUGCAAGCCGUGAUGACCCCAUAAAAAUGGAGAAGCAACAUAUGCUAGUUUACGAAAAUAACGAAAAACUGGUCAUCAAAAACGUGUCAGAGGAUAAUGAGGAGACACUUACGUUGUCGAAGGUGCUUGGCACGGGCAGCUUUAGAGGGAACAACGAGAACGAUGUCUUUAAGUGCAGCUACAGAAUACUAGGAUUGUAUGGCAUGCUGUGCUUGGGUGAAAACAGGUAUGUGAUUCUCGUGACAAAGAGUGUUAAAAUAGGACACGUUGCGAAUUAUCCUGUGUACGAGAUUAAAGAAGUGCAGAUAAAGGAGCUGCUGCGCAAAAGCAGCAAGGGCACGAAUGAUGCCUUCCUGCUGAAGAAAGCGCUCGAAUUUUUCAGAAAUCCCGGAAUCAUGUAUUCGGAAUUUCCCCUCUACAGCAGCAACAUGGACCAGGAAAACACCGAUUUCAUUUUCAACCACAACUUGAUCGGUAUGCUCAAGAGCCAUGUCAAGGGCUCUGUCUCCAAGUACGUGAUCCGAUCGAUCUACGGGUCAUUCCAGUACAUCGAUGUUGAGCGGUUUUCGAUUGUUCUUGUGUCGCGCAGAUCAUGGAAAAAUGUUGGUGCGCGAUUUAUCCGGCGCGGCUUGAACAGAGAGAAGGAGGCAGCCAAUUCUAUAGAAACAGAGCAGUAUGUAAUAAUGAAGGUCGAUGAGAAGCCCACCAACUCGUUUUUGCAGCUGCGCGGUUCGAUACCACUCUAUUGGAAGCAAGAUCUCACAUACAAGUAUCGACCGAUCAUAAAAAUUGUGAAAACUAACCCACUCAAGGAGUAUGACACGAAAUUGUGUAAAAAGUACAAGAACGUGUUUUAUCUCAAUCUGAUACAAAACGUGGGAUACGAAAGUGGCUUGAACAAGGUCUAUGUCUCGAAGCUUGCAGAUAAUUGUUUAAAGUACCUGCAUUUUGAUUUUGUCAGGGAGAGGCUCUUUGUUGAUUAUAACAAAAAACUGCAGCUGCUGUGUUUGAUAGCACCACAGCUGCAGCGAAACAGCUUUCAUGAUUCCAAGGGCAAUCAGAAGGGCAUUAUCCGUACAAACUGCGUAGAUUCGCUCGAUCGAACCAAUGUUGUGCAGUUUUUCAUAGCCGAGGAGAUGCUUGCAAGCCAGCUCAAGAGCCUCAAGCUGAGAAAAGAUGAUGUACCAGAAUUCGAGAUGAGGUACAAAAACAUGUGGAUCAACAAUGGAAAUAUGCUGUCGUAUCAGUACUCGGGCACGAACGCGCUUGGCGCUGAGGUUGUGCUUCACGGUAGACAGAACUUAAGAGGGGCCCUUACAGAUUUCUAUAACUCAGGGGUGAGGUACUUUCUCAAUAGAUUUUAUCAUGGCGAUUUGCAGACAUCGUAUGAUAUCAUAUCAGGCAAUUACAAGCAGCUGAAGAUAGCCAAGCGCAAGAGAUACUUCAAUUUUUCAUAUUUCUUCCUCCUUUUCUUUGCCAGUAUUUCAUACACCUCAUACUACAUUUUUGAUACAGUCAAUUUUCCUAGAGAGUUGCUCGUGUAUUUUUUGGUAUCAUGCUUUGUUGUGCCUAUUCUAUAUCCGUUUAUUGCUAGGUAUUGCUUCAAUUACCCAUACUUUGAAAGCGAUUAAAUGUGUUUAAUGACAACUCAGGUUUCUUUGUUGGGUGCGUCUUUUGAGGGAGCAGUAUGACAUUAAGUGAUCAAAAAGUGUCUGACAUAAUUUAAUUUAUCACUUGACAAAACAAACCAGAUUUGUUCUGUAAAAAUGCGGGCAUAUGCUUUGUUUGAUGUUGUUUGCGCAUCACGAAAGCGGCAACAUUUUCAUAUUUACUCUGCGCAUGUACCUAAAUACAUAGGAAGAUCUAUCCGUUUUCUUGGCUGCCACAUUUACAUAAAAAGAACAGCCAAUAUCCACGGUUUAAAGUCUUUCUUUAUCCGAUUUAUGUCAAUAAUACAAUGAAUUAGGAAUAUGGUGCGAUGAAUAGAACCUUGUACGAAUAAAUCCCGCUAAAGCACUUUUUAUUGGCAGUCUACGGAAUAAACUUAAUAACUGUUGAUGUUGUAGAGAAAAUCAUAAUUGGUUAGAUGUGACGUAAGGAGCACUAAAUUUUUACGGUUAAAAUUACGAAUAUUUGAUUUAAGCAAUAAGUAAAGCACUUCCUCGACCAACACCUCCUUUCAUAUUACAAUUAAGUAAAGUUUUCC